AUUUCUUGGGCUGCUCUCACGGCAUAUGGAAGUUCCCAGGCUAGGGGGUCGAAUCGGAGCUGUAGCUGCCAGCCUAUGCCAGAGCCACAGAAAGGCGGGAUCCGAGCUGCGUCUGCGACCUACAGCACAGCUCACGGCAAUGCCGGAUCCUCAACCCACUGAGCAAGGGCUGGGAUCGAACCCGCAACCUCAUGUUCCUAGUCGGAUUCGUUAACCGCUGCUCCACGACGGGAACUCCAGGAAACAGAUUUUAAACCAGACUUAAAUCUCGUUCUCCAGUUGGUAACCAGGCAUAUGGUUAAUUUAAUACCCACAGAAAUUAAAACAGAAGCUCUGUGGGAGCAUAACCUUCAAAAAACAGACUAGGGUGGGGGACUCCAGGGAGAUUUCAUUGGCUUUCAACAAAGGCCAUAGCCGCUUACUCUGCAGAAGACAGGGUCGCAAACAAGAGAAUUGGGGGCAUCGAUCCCAUAUGCAGAAUAAAGGCUGUAAAUGAAGAGCUGGAAGCUUGGUCUUCAGCUGGGGAGCAACACCCGAGACUGGGGUAUGUCGCAGAGCAUGCCGGGGACUGUAGUCGGGGACGUACCGCUGCAUUGCCCCCCCACCGGGAGCAUCAGGUGGGGACCGCAGCUCGACCGCCGCCUCCUGCAAGAGACCUUGCUACAAGAUGAGAUUGGCUCCACCUUUUUGAGCUUCGGAGUUUCCAAGAGCAACGAGGAGGGGGGUGGGAGAUUUCGCAGUUACCCUGGAGACGCGCUCCCGCCCGCCCCUAGCUGCGGGAUGCCCUAGAUGUCCUUAUUAGGACAAGAGACUAGAGGGGGCGGGUCCAAUCCGAACGCCUGCUGGAGGCUCCUUAUAAGGCAGCGUCAGGCGGGAGGCGGGAGUGCGGAGCCGGCCGGGGGGUGCGGGAUCGAGGCUGGGCGGAGUCUGAAGGGGCAGGCCUGGAGCUCGGGCGCCCGCCUCUCCACUCCCGAAAGGCCCCAGACCCACACCUCGCCACUUCCGGUAUGGCAGAUGUCGGCUGCUGUAACUUGCUGGCGAGACUCUCGUGCUCAAGUGGAACCCCCUUUGCAUAGUUCCCAUCUUAACCUUCCUGAGAGUCCCCCACCUCCAACGAGUCACAAGAACGAUGAAGUGUUCUUCCCUUGUCCGUAUUUCUCACCCCCGGGUUGCUACCCCGAAUCCAACAACAUGCCCAUGUCAGCCCCUCCCACAUGCCUCGAUGUCCAGCACCUCCUACUUGUCCCCUUUCUGUUUGUCUACUGUCUCCCUCUCCCUGUCCUCCCAGCUUUGGCCUUCCCUGCACGUCCUCGUCUUCGCGCCCCUCCCCCACUGCUCUGGAUGGGGAGGCCCACAUGGGAUCACCAUUUCCUCGGAGGGUCUUUCAGCUCUUUCUGCGUUACCUUUGUGUCCUCAUUCCUAAUGUCCUUCCUACAAAAACAACUGAACCCAUCUGCUUCCCCAUCCUCCCACCUCUCGGAUUCUUCACUAGGCCAGUUUCUCCAGCGUCCUCCGCUAGAGCCAGUCUGAAACCAACAGCCUCGGGUUACUCAUUUAAGCCCGGCCCGGCCAGACCUCCCAGUCAUAGGGGGCGCUGUGCACCCUCUUCUCUCCUGUACAAAAAGGACUCCCGCUCUCGAAUCCGGGGUAGAUGGAAGGGGCGGGUCCAGGCCUGGGUUCGGCGCGUCCAAAAGGCUGGUCCUGUGCCGGAGCAACAGGAGAGCGAAAGGCGGUAGACACUACGUGCGGCACCAACCUCUUAGAGUGCAGAGGCGGGGAGGGCAGCAGAAGGCCGUCCUCUGGUUAGUGACCCGCGUGGGACCACGUGACUGCAGAGGGCCCGCCUCCGCCGCCGGAACCAGGUGUUCGAAUCCCGUUUCCAGAACUGGCGGCGUCCCAGUCCUGCCGCCGUGAGGCGCCAGAGGACCCGCCCGGGCGCUGAUGGCAGCACCGGUCCGCCUGGGUCGGAAACGCCCGCUGCCGCUUUGCCCAAACCCGCUUUUCGUACGCUGGCUGACCGAGUGGCGGGACGAGGCCGCCAGCAGGGGGCGCCGCACUCAAUUCGUGUUUCAGAAGGCGCUGCGCUCCCUCCGGCGGUACCCACUGCCCCUGCGCAGCGGCAAGGAAGCUAAGAUCCUACAGCACUUUGGAGACGGGCUCUGCCGAAUGCUGGACCAGCGGCUGCAGCAACACAGAACAUCAGGUGGUGACCAUGCCCCAGGAUCACCAUCUGGACGGAAGAGUCCAGCCCGGGAAAGGCCACCUGCUGAAGUCCAGGACUCCUCCAUGCCAGUCCCGACCCAGCGCAAAGCAGGGGGCCCUGGCAGCUACUGGCCAGCUCGGCACUCAGGAGCGCGAGCGGUACUGCUGCUACUGUACAGGGAACACCUGAAUCCUAGCGGCCAUGGCUUCCUAACCAAGGAGGAGCUGCUGCAGGGCUGUGCCCAGAAGGCUCCGAGGGUAGCCCCUGGAAGCGCUCAGCCCUGGCCAGCCCUCCGCUCCCUCCUCCACAGGAACCUGGUUUUCAGGACACACCGGCCAGCUAGGUACUCACUGACCCCGGAGGGUCUGGAGCUGGCCCAGAGGCUGGCAGAGUCAGAGGGCCUGAGCUCGCUGAAUGUGGGCACCGCGCCAGAGGAGUCCCCUGGGGAGGAGCCAGAAGUGCCAGGAGCGGCCUCAGCUGAGCUUGGCGCCAGCGAAGGGAGUGAUGAGCAGCCAGCCCUGGAGCUGGGGCCUGGAGAGUACAGGGUGCUCUUGUGCGUGGACAUUGGCGAGACCAGGGGGGCGGGCCACAGGCCAGAGCUGCUCCGAGAGCUGCAGCGGCUGCGAGUGACCCACACGGUGCGGAAGCUACACGUUGGGGACUUCGUGUGGGUGGCACAGGAGACCAGUCCCAGAGACCCCGCAAGACCCAGGGAACUAGUCCUGGACCACAUCGUGGAGCGGAAAAGGCUGGAUGACCUGUGCCGCAGCAUCAUCGAUGGCCGCUUCCGGGAGCAGAAGUUCCGGCUGAAGCGCUGUGGCCUGGGGCACCCAGUAUACCUCGUGGAGGAGCAUGGCUCGGGGCAGAACCUCAGCCUUCCCGAGAGCACGCUGCUGCAGGCUGUCACCAACACUCAGGUCAUUGAUGGCUUCUUUGUGAAGCGCACGGCGGACAUUAAGGAGUCAGCUGCUUACCUGGCCCUCUUGACAAGGGGCCUGCAGAGACUCUACCAGGGCCACACCCUCCGCAGUCGCCCCUGGGGACCCCCAGAGGACCCUGUAUCAGGGGCUGGGCCCCCCCCAAACCCUCUCUGCUCACUUCUCACCUUUAAUGAGUUCAACACGGGAGCCAUGAAGAACAAGGCCCAGUCUGUGCGGGAGGUGUUUGCCAGGCAGCUGAUGCAGGUGCGUGGAGUGAGCGGGGAGAAGGCAGCCGCACUGGUGGAUCGGUACAGUACCCCUGCCAGCCUGCUGGCCGCCUACGACGCCUGUGCCACCUCGAAGGAACAGGAGAUGCUGCUGAGCACUAUCAAGUGUGGGCCACUGCAGCGGAAUCUGGGGCCCGCUCUGAGCAGGACCUUGUCACAGCUCUACUGCACCUCUGGCCCCCUGACCUGAGCCAUGGCAUGGGACAGGCCCCAGCCCCCUCUUCUCAGGCUCACCAGCCUUUUAAUCAGAAUCUUUGGGCUGCAGUAAAAAUCUAAGUGCUUGCAGCUUUCUGUGUUACGGAGGCGACGCCAGGCCCCAGGGAUCUUGUGAGAUAGCCAGCCAGAAACUGCCAACACUCUCUGGUCCAAGGGUUUUUAAACUGAGCUCCUUAAUUAGCUAUAAUGGAAAAAAAUAAAAAGCAUUAUAAAAAAAAUAAAACCCAUUCUGCCAAUAAAAUAUAAAAAAAUAAAAGUAAGUCAAACAUAAAUAAAUAAAUAAAUAAAUAAAUGAACUGAGCUCCUCAGCAGGGCCCUUGGGGUGCUCCCUGGCAGAGCCCUCAGACCGCCCGGGAGACGGAAUCAGUGAGGCGUUGCAACUUUGAAUCUAGUUUAUAUCAUCAGAGUUCCCCGAUCCAAUAAAACUUGCUUUGAUAAGAGGUUCUGUAGCUUGGAACAGAAACGUCUGAAAAGCACUCACAGUCCGAUUGCCUCAUCUCAGGGACCAGGGAACCGAGGUCCAGGGAGCUACUAGCGUUUGUCCAAAUUGAGAGUUUGAGGCCAAGCUAGGAUUGAAACCAGGGCCUCCUGGCACUGUCUAGAGCUGGAUUUUUCAGGCCCCCUGCAGACCGGCCAAGCCCGAGUCUCUGGGCUAAAGCCUGGACUCAGCAGCCUCCUGACUUCCCCCUUCGCAGGGUGCUCCUGAGGCCCAUGGUCUGUAGGCCAGUCCCGGCCUUGGGGAUGCAGCUUCUGUCAGUGCCCCCCCCCAACCCGGCCUGGGUGGAGACACCCCCCCCAUCUUUUGGUGGGCCUGGCCCACCUCCCACGAGCCUGGCCUUUGCCCGCUCUGGGGUUCACUGCGAUGUGACCCGCCCACCUCAGCCACCAGGACGCCUUCUUUGUCCCUUUAUUGCCUCUGUCUCUGCCCCUCGAAACAGCAUCUUCCCUUUUAGCAGAACACAGUCAUCCCUGAGCCCCAGGCUCCUCGGCGGCAGGGAACCUCCCCCUCCCCGAGGGCUGCCCCCCGCUCCUCAGAAGGCGUAGGC